AUGGGUAAAGAAGAAAAAGUGGUUUCUGGGAUAACACCAGAUACAACAUGUGCUGAUAUUAUAUAUGCUAUGGCACAUUCAUCGGGUCAAAAAGGAAAAUUUGUUUUACUUGCAAAGUUUAAUGAAGGGGAAUAUAAAUUUUUACCAAAUGAAAAAGUUUUAGAAGUUAUUAAAAUAAAAAAUUUCAAUAAUUAUCUUGAAUUGAGGCAACUUAUGCCAAAUAUAGAAAAUUCAAAAACAUCAAAUGUGGAUAGUAAAAUAGUGAAUAAAUUAAAUUUUCAAAAUAUUUAUUCAUCAGAAAUUGGAAAAUAUAAUGAAGAUCAAAAAGAAAUACCUAGAUAUCAUUUUAAGCAACAAUUUAAACCGCAAAAACAAUUAGAUACCAACCCAUAUGAUGAUAAAAUUAAUAAGACAAAUUUUAAUGAAUAUGUUGACAAUCGUCCUCCACCACCAGCAUACAGAGACGUAAUAAAUCAAAAGUAUAGAUCAUUGAUUGGAAACAGUUCUAGUCUAGAGAAAAAACAAUAUAAACAAAGGCACUCACAUGCAAACUAUGAUUUAGGAAUAUUAGAUGUUCAGACAGACAUCAAUUCACCAAUUACUCUAUUAACUAAUAUCAAUAGAAGUUGUAAUCACAUACUAAAAGAGCAACAAUCAUUAUUACAAUCAUUAGAGAUUCAAUUUAAUUCAGAAGAAGAAAAAGAAUUGUAUCAAUUAUUAAAACAAAAAUCGAAUUUAGAUAUGAUGAUUUCUCAAAUAAAACAAUGUAAUUAUGAAGAGAAACUAAUAAAUUGUCAAAAAGAAUCUAUUGCACUUCAAAAUGAAAUAAAGUCAAUGGAAAUAAAUAUCAAAGAAAUGAAUAAUGAUAUUGAACAUUAUAAAAAUUUAAUAUCUCGUUUAGAACAUGAAAUAAAUAUUUUUUUAGAACAUGAAAAAAGUGAUUAUUACAAUAAAAAUUUAUCUAUUUCUCCGAUAAAUAGAUAUGAAUCUAAUAAAGCAUCUGUUUAUUAA